AGUGUUUGGGUGACGAAGGAUGGUAUGUUAUAAUACCAAUAAUGACAACAUGCAGGCGCUUAGAGGCGGGGGGAUCAUAAUGAGGACCAGCGGUCCCUAGGAAAGAAGCACACUCAACUACCGAUGGUGAAAAACACGUGUACAGUGGCACGAUUUAAUCUUGCCGGGAUGACGACGCUGAGCCGAGCAUGAGGCAAGAUGACGACGCGAGACAAGCUCGAGGCUGACGCGGCUGACGGGCCGUACGGAAGGCAAGGGAAGACAUCGGGCGCGCACGCGAGGCGGACAACUCGAAGAAGACGCGAUGACUUGGACAGUGCACGGCUGACGAAGCUCUCCGGUCCUCCUCUUCCUCCUCCUCCGAGCCUGCAAUGGAUCGACGAAUCGAUCGAUAACUCGCGCACUCGAUGAUAAUUUCAUCGAGCACUCGCUCGCUCGAUCGGCCGAUACUCGAUCGAUCCGUCCCUGAAACUCGUCCGGAUGGCUUCUCUUCGAGACGAGCGAGGAUUUUGUUCCUCAGCGAUACGAUCCAUGGAAUGUUCUGCAAUGCGGAGGUAAAAGAUUGCACGCUGUUCGGCUGAUUGUGUCGACGAGGAGGAACGGAUUUUGUGAUCGGAAGAUCCCAAUCGCAGUGGCUUCAUCGCGAUUGGGUGGUUUCGACAUCGGGGGAUUUCAAUACAUGAGUCUGACUUGCUUCCUCGCGGGGCGACUGGGUGGGUGCGUGCAUGCAUGCAUGCAUGAAUGAACUCACGUUGAUGGCGGGGUUUGGGAUGAUCGUUACUACAAUCAGGUUUUGAUUACGCUAAUCAAUCGGUGGUUGAUGUUGGAAGAGCAUGCUUCAGUGAAUAAGGCAAUCGAGACAGACAGAGCGAGUAGAAAGAAGAUCCGCCAUCUGCUAGCUGGAUGGGCGGGGCUGGAAUAGGGGUGGGCAUAAAUUCAUAACAUUCAAUCGCAAGAAAAGUCGACACACCCGCCGUCCGAGAUGAUGGUGCGUCGUCGUUGGGUCUCGAACAUCGAUCUUGGAUUCAUUCUUUCCCUUAAGAUUCGGUGCAAACGAACUCACUCAUACUUUGUAAGCCCACCUCAUUGCAACGAGAAAGGGUUGGAUGAAUCUCCCUCCAUACUGUACAGAGUAUGGAGAUGAAUCAGAUCAAUCAGAUCAACCACCGGGCAGCAACAGACCUACCUUCCGCCCGCCGCCAAUUGGCGUAAUUCUCGUGAGUUUUUGUGAAGACACACAGACAGACAAGCCUUAGGUCGGAAGACGGUCAGAAAACCAAAUCCAUUUCUCGACAGAAGAAGAAGAAGAAGAAGUACCAGAAAUCAGAUCCAAUCCAACCUGCGAGCACGAAAAGUAUGGGCCCCCCUCCCUCUCUCCCCCUGCCUGCCUGCCCUGCGCUCUGUCCCGUGUGCUGUCAUGGAAGGAAGGAAGGAAGAGAGAGAGAGAGAGAAGAGAGAAAGUAACGCCAAAGAAAGCAGAGUCUGUUAGCAAAAUGCUACGGAGGGAGUGAGCAAGAGAGAGAGAGAGAGAGAGAGAGAGAGAGAGAGAGAGAGAGAGAGAGAGAGGCAACGAGUGAUGCAGAGUGGGAGAAGGCGUCGGUGACUCUGAUUAAAAUCAGAAGAAAAAAGAGGAAGAGAAGGACCCACCUCUCCCCUGAAGGCGGGGGAAGGGGGACCGACAGAGGAUGGACCACGCCAAUCUCGGCUGGGCUGGGGUGAUCGGAUGCGAGCUCAACAUAUCUGCUGCUUGCUUGCUGUUCUCUUCUUCUCCAGAACUAGAGGAGGAGGCAAGGAGAGAGAGAAAGGGUGAUGAGCGAAGGGAAGGGGAGGGGAGGGGAGGAUUAGCCAAGGCUGCUGGUGCCGACAUCAUGCAAAGGAGAUUGAGUUCAAGUUGGGUCGUCUGGAAGGUAUUGAUUCGUGUGGACAGCUAGAUGCUGCUCAGAGGAGGAGGUUGUACGAUACACCUUUUUCUUCAAAUGGUACCACUACGAGCUACUACUGGUCUCUGUAAGCUGGCCUGUGUGCGUCCGUGCAGAGGCACGACGCUGCUCUUUGGGUUGGGUUUGAUUGCUGGGCACUGCUUCAGUGAGCCACACACACCAGAGGAGUGUGGCCCUGGCGAGCAGGCGAGUGGGGAGGGGAGGCAAGCGGAGCGGAAGCAGAGCAGAGCAAAGCGCUGCUGGCGUGAUGAGAUGUGUGUUUGUGUAGCCAGCUCUGGAGGAUGAAGAAGAGUUCACAAGUGGAACUAGAAGUACCUGUCUUCGUCAUCCUUUCCUGAUUCACUGCCACCAGCAGCCCCACUACGACCACCAGCACUGCUACUGGAUGCGUGAAUUGCUGCUAUCCAUCUCUGGAACUAUGGACAAUGUGUUGCGGGUUCACAAGACGUACCACCUUCGACACUGAAUUUUGCUCACAGAAUUAUGUCACGCACAAAACCUUGGACUCUUCAGCUACUGGUGGUUUAUCGUCCGUGCACUUGCGGUACAUGAUUGAGGCAGAUUGUGCAUAGGUGUGUGUAUCAGAGCAGGAGCGCGACAAAUCUCUUU